CCCCACAUCCACAUAUAUGGCCCAGCCACACUCAAACAGAACAGCAGAAGCUCUUAUCCCCCUUCCGGUACUUGGUAGAGAGAUGGAGCAUCCUGUUGUUAGCGCUGGUGGGGGUGCCAUUAACAUACUGUUAUGUAAGCUGGGUACGGUGCUCAUCGAAGAAGCACAGCUCCUUGGAGGUAUCCGAGGUGAGCUGCAGUACAUGAAGGAUGAGCUGGAGAGCAUGGCAGCAUUCCUCCAGGACCUUGCUGAGGGGGGAAAUCGCAGGAAGCAGGUUAAGAUUUGGAUGAAACAGGUGCGAGAGGUAGCGUAUGAUGUUGAGGAUUGCGUUGAUGACUUUACAUACCACCUUGGCAGCACCACUAGUGGUUCUGGGCUUGCCGGGCUCUUCCACAGAUGCAUCCGUUUCCUGCAAACUGUCAGGGUGCGGCGUCAGAUUGCGAAACGAAUCCAAGAACUGAAAGCGCGCGCUACAAGUAUCAGCGACCGAAACUCAAGAUAUGGUGGUAAUCAUCUCAUUUCCGGAGCAGAAGGGAACACAUUUGCUGCACAGCCAGCUCUAUCUAAUAUCACUUCUCUGGAUAUUCGUACUCCUACACUCUUCCCAGAGAUAACAAAACUUGUGGGAAUUGAAGCGCGUCAGAGUAAUCUUGUUAACUGGUUGGUGGAUGAAAUUUGAUGAAAUUGAAGCGCGUCAGCAAGUGCGAGCUUCGAAUGUCAAGCUUUUGUAACUGUAUCCCAGAAAUUUGAUGUCAAGGCUCUCAUAAGGGACAUUCUUCGACAGAUUAUUCAACCAGUAGAUCGAAAUGGUCCAGAACCCACAGUGGACCCACUCAAAGGCAUAGAAGAAUGGAACGUGGAACAGCUUGCAAAUAAGCUAAGGGGGCAUCUAGAAGAUAAGAGGUAUCUCAUUGUUCUUGAUGAUAUCUGGACCAUCUCCGCUUGGGAGGGCAUUCAAUUUUCUUUGCCCAACUCACAUACUGGAAGCAGAAUAAUUGUUACCACAAGAAUGAAAACUGUAGCACAAGCCUGCUGCCUCCACGAGUAUGACAGAGCUUAUGAAAUUGAACCACUCACAGGUUGUGAAUCUAGUGAGUUAUUUUUCGGGAGAAUAUUCGGUAACAGGGAAAAUUGCCCAACUGCCUUGAAAAAUAUAUCGGAAAAGAUCUUGGGAAAAUGUGGGGGUAUACCCUUGGCCAUAGUCAGCAUUGCAGGCCUUUUGGCUAGCACGUCAGUGUACAGUUAUGAUCGCUGGGAGAAGAUCUACAACUCUCUUGGCCUGGAGCUGGAAACCAGUCCCUGGAUUGAAAAACUGAAGAAAAUUCUUGAGCUUAGUUAUAAUGACCUUCCAUACCAUUUGAAAACUUGUUUCUUAUAUUUAAGCACUUACCCCGAGGAUCAUAAGGUCAGAAGGAAAAGUUUAUUGAGAAGAUGGAUAGCAGAACGCUUUGUGUCUGAGAAGCGUGGAUUGAGUGCCUUGGAGGUGGCUGAAAAAUAUUUCGAUGAAUUCCUCAACAGGAGUAUUGUUCAUCCAGUUGAAAUGAGCUUUGACGGGAAGGUCAAGACUUUUCGAGUUCAUGAUAUAAUGCUAGAGAUCAUUGUUUCAAAAUCAAUUGAUGAGAAUUUCAUCACUUUGAUGGGUGAACAACAUACUUUAGCUCCACAAGAGAAGAUCCGGCGGCUAUCCAUUCAUGGUGGAAGUAACAAAAAUAUCUCCACAAGCAAAUUGUUAAGCCAUGUCCGAUCAUUGAGUAUAUUUGCUGAUGGAGAAAUGUUACAGUUUGCUUGGAUAAAAUUUCUUAGAAUAUUAGACUUAGAAGGUUCUCGGUUUGCCAGGAAUGGAGACAUCAGAAAUAUAUGUAAACUGUUUCAGUUGCAAUAUCUCAGUCUCAGGAAUACAUAUGUCACUGAACUCCCUGUGCAAAUAGGACACCUCAAGAAGUUGGGAACACUAGAUGUCAGGGACACAGCCAUAAAGCAUUUGCCUCCAUGCAUUACCAAUCUGCCAAAUUUGUCAAACCUUCUUGGAGGGAGAAGAGCUUAUAACUACAGUGGUUUGUAUCCUAUUUCUGAUUUCUGGGGAAUGCACAUCCCUAACAAGCUUGGCAAUUUAGAAAUGCUUACGACCCUUGCACAGAUAGAGAUCACAGACUCUACUUCCCAUUACAUAUCUGAACUGGGGAAGCUUUCACAGUUCAGGAAGCUAGGAGUAAUGAUGUUUCUUGACGACGACAUGAAUUGGAUGUCCUUGAUCGCCGCCAUUUCAAAACUGAGCAGUUGCCUUCAGUCACUGCUCAUUUGGCGACCUGACGGAAUUAUGAAUUUCAGGAUUCUUGAUACACUAUCCAGGCCACCAAUGUUUCUAAAAAGUAUAAACUUUCGUGGUAAGUUGCCACAGCUACCAGAAUGGAUCGGUUUGCUGGCGAAUCUCACUGAGCUGACCCUUCGCGCCACUGAAUUGGAAUCUGAGAAGCAUCUGAAAGUUCUCUCUCAGCUGCCAAGCCUGCUCUACCUCAGGUUGCAUCACGGUGCAUACACCGGAAGAGCACUCACGUUCUCUGCGUCAGAGUUCCCAACUCUCAUACUGCUGACCAUUCAUCUCGCUGUAUACCAGGCGUUGAACCUGAGGUUUGAAGAAGGCACUACGCCUAAGCUCCAUAGGCUGGAGCUAUCUUUCUUCGAAAAUGCUUCCAUCCGGCAGCCUUCAGGUAUCAAUUUUCUUGCAAAUCUUCAGGAGGUCUUGGUCCAUGCUGAUCCAAGCGAUAACUCAGAAGACAUGGUGCGUUAUUUGAUGGAUGAAGCUAGCAGGAAUCCCAGCCAGCCUACUGUCACAUUCAAGGCGAAACAAUGGAAGCCAACUGGCUCAAGGACAGAUCCACCCAUAGAUCACAGGGGCAGCGAGCGGCAUUUAAUUAAAACACACUCAGGGCAGGGCUUAGCGGGGCGCUCACCUUGGCGGGCUUCGACCCACGUGAGAAGAGGAGGCGGGCUGACGCUGGGCUGUUGGGCCAGUGCGAGGCGCUGGCGGACCACGCGGAGGCCGCGCGUGGUCAACGCGGCGCGAGCGGGCACGGGCGCGCUGCUCCUCCCAAUCCCGCCUGGACCGGGGAAGGAGGUCGGCAGCGCCAGCAGGGAGGCGGGACAGAGGGCCGGAGGGGUCGGGGACGGGCACGCCGGGAGGAGGCCAGGGGAUGGUAGACAGGCGGCGGGCGAUGGCGGAGCUCCUGCUCUGGCGGAGCUUGGGCGGCCAUGGUGCGGGUAA